CACAUGUCUUUGUAGUAGUGCUCAGCUGGUCAUGUUUAAUACGUUUUAGAAAAAUAUUAAAAAUCUAAAAGGCUUAUUUCCAUAAUUUCAAACAAAAGUUGCUGGCUUCUUAAAAACUCGAUACAACUUUUUUAAGAUUCGGUGUAUUGCGUGAAAAGAAGUGCGAGUAAUUGUUGUAAAAAUUCCUUUGUUAUGAAAAUUCUUAAAUUUGUCGCUCUUUUCAUGCUGAAUUUGUUAAAUAAUCUCAAAGAAAUUAAUAAGGCACUCAUCAGUCAUACAUAUACAUAUUUUAGAGGGGUGAUUGAGCGAAAUAAAAUCGGCAUGGACCAAGAAGAUGAACAUGAACGGCAGCAACCAGGACAAGGACAUGAUUAUGAGCCUUUGGAAGAGAUUGGUGCUCAGGAAGAAUAUGUGGCAAUGGAUGUCGUAGAUGAUAGUGAUAAUGAGAGUGAUGGUGCAGACGACGGCGACGAUGAUGAUGAAAGUAGUGAUGAUUACGAUGUUUUGGAAGAUCUUGUGCCACAGGAUUCCUGGUCAUCUGAUGAAAUUGAUUGUGACGAUGAUUCAAACUUCGGCCACGAAAGUGUUUCUUUACAGCGGUUACAUCGAAUGUUAAACCGAUGCCGUGAACGUGUUAAACAUACCUACAGUUUCCAACCACUUAGACUAAUUCCAUGUCAGUAUAAAGCGCACCACGAUGCAGGAGAAUUUCCAAUUGCCCGAAGCGGCCACCGCAUCAUAGCUUCUGAAUCACAUUUGUACUCUCUGGGGGGCUAUAAUCCAAAUAGAACCCCGAACGUCACUCGAUUUGAUGCGUGUAUGCUAUUUCAGGAAUUGUGGGCCUUCAACUUUGCAACAGGUCGUUGGAAACUUCUCCUUAAUGCUGAAAACUCAGAAAUGCCAAGAGAAUUGGCUUCGAACGCUUUGGUCAUUUACAACAAUGUCUUGAUUUCGCAUGGCGGUACUGGGUACCCAUUUGGAGAAACAUGUUCCAAUGAUUGUUAUGUCUAUACAACUGGAGAAAAUCCAAAAGUAAUGCUUCUCAAAGUCACUGGUGACUUGCCAACAGCCCAAUAUGGACCUGGUAUUGUGAUACAUAAUGAUUACCUUUAUACAAUAGGCGGAACGACGGGGUUCGAUUAUUCCUGUGAUGUAUAUCGAUUGAACCUUCAAACAAAAGUUUGGGAAAACGUGUAUAUAUGUAGACCAGAAAUGAGAGAUGAUCCCGAGGGACGUUACAGACAUGAAGUGGUGUAUGAUGGACACCACAUAUAUGUUUUGGGGGGAGGUACAUCACAUACGGUUUACGAUCUGCAACGUAUACCAGCCUUUAACUUGGAAACCAAUCGUUGGGAUCAUUUUGAUACGCUACCCGAUCGAACAGUAGCAAUAAACCAAGAUUUAGGCUAUCCAAAAGCUCGUAAAUGUCUUUCAUGCGUGCAACACACUACAAGCAAUGGUGAUAUCGAAGCUUUCAUAACAGGAGGUCUGCAAGGAGAUUUUAACACAUACUUCGACGAUAUUUGGAAGCUGAAUCUUCGAACUAAACAAUGGUAUAAAAUACAUACAGCUGUACUACCAAGGCCCUUAUAUUUUCAUUCAGCAGCGCAUGCAGGAAACGGUUGCAUGUACAUUUUUGGCGGAAUCGAAUACAACGAAGUCCAGAGGGACAUGCGACGCCGGAAUCAUCUUUUUAAAAUGUGGAUGACAAUUCCUAAGCUUAGUGAUAUUUGUUGGGAUGCUAUUACAUACUACAACCGUAAUUUGCAUAAAUUCGACCGUGCUACUUUAUUAAAUGCUGGCAUACCGCAACGUUAUGUUAAUCGCUUGCCCCCCUUACCAGAACGUAUGCGUAAACAUGCAUCUGAUGAACCUUCAUCAUCAACCUUCUUAAAUGGAUUAACGAAAAGAAUGCGUGCUCAUCUCGAAUAGAGCCAUUUCAUGUAAUAUACAACAAGUGUUUGUUAAGUGCUUCUUUCAAGUUGAUUACGGAUCAUUUGCCAUUUGUUUACAAGAAAAAUGUAUUUUUAAAUUAUAUUUUCGUUAAAGAAAUUUAUAUAUAUUAUAGGAUAAUUUAAAGGAAUGAAGUAUCCAAAUUUUAUUUAUAAAAAAAUAUUACAUUUGCGAAGGUAGUCAUUUUGCAAGUACCGAAAUUUUGGAUACUUUACCAAUUAUAAAUAAAAAAUAAAAUGAAUUUAUUUUUGCUACUUUUAAAAUGUAUUCAAAAGAUAACCCUUAGAUUUUUAAGAAAAGCUGGCAGGAUUGAAAAAGACAGAAUAAGAUUUUAAUCUGAAACACCAACUAAAAAAUAUAUAAGUGACGUGCAUAUGCAACAAAAAAAUUCACUAACCUUUCUUCAGCACGGAAAUACAUAAGCUAAAGAAACUUAUAAACAUCAAGAUCAUAAAACAAUCGGAGUUGUGCCUAGAAAUUUGCUUCGAAUCAAACAUUGUGAUUCAAUACUAACCUGAUUUUUUUCUGUUAAAUAAAAUUUAAGCUAUCGAA